AGGAGAGACACAGGCGGCAGCAGACACCUCGCUUGGUUCUGCUGCCUGUGUGGAAAGCUGUGGACGGACCUGCUGUCCUUGUUGGGUUUCCAGCAAGGUCUCUUGCAGCCCCUCUCUGUUCCCUUUUUAUGAAAGGGACAGUAAAUCUUGAUGACAGACCUGAAUGCCUCUACAACUAGGUCUGUACUGAGACAAUUUUUUAAACAUAUUUGCUCAUGUAAAAUACAUCAGCUCUGUAGUUUUCCAGAGCUGCCUGGGGAUCUGGAGAUCCAUGCUGGGGGACCCGGAGGACAGUUUGCUGGUCGGUGGAAUGGGACAGUCAUGAAUGGGGAUCCCCUUUGCCAAGAGUCUGCCUCCCAGCUUCCUGACUGGAGGGAAUUCUGCGAGCUUCACGCCCAGGCCGCCGCGGUGGACUUUGCUCAAAAGUUCUGCCAGUUCCUGAAGGAGAACCCCCAUUACGAUACACCUGGGGCUGAAACCUCCUUCUCCCACCACUUCGCUGCCAAUUUCUUGGACAUCUUCAGCUUGGAGGUCAGCAGGGUGUUCGUAUCUGACUCCCCAACCAAGUACAACAUAGUGCCCUUUGUGGGGCUUCAGAACUGCCACAUGCCUUACGGCCGAGACAUCCUCCAGAGGAAAGAGGAGACCUCCACAGAAUCCCUGGACAGUAUGGACAACCCCAUGAACUCUAGCAGAUACCUGAGCCAGUCCCAGCAGACGCAGGCUCACAAAGUUUCUUCCUACGGCCACUCGCGGAGUUCAGAGGAUGUCUCUGUCCACGCUGCUUCCAAGCCGAAAUUCAAGAAAGGCUUCUCCUUGCGGAACAUGAGCCUGUGUGUGGUGGAUGGCAUGAAGGAGAUGUGGCACAGGAAGUCCUCCCCGGAGCCAGGCGUGGAGGCCACACAAGGCGGCAGGAGGUCAGAGAGAGAGCACUGCCCCUCAGCGGCCAAGGAGCACGACACGAGGGAGAGAUGGACUCACAAGCUGCGGCUGUCGAAAGUCCAGUCCUCCAAGGUGGAGCUGGUGGAUAUCCAAAGGGAGGGCACCCUCCGCUACAUGGUGGCGGACGACACGAACUGCGUGGGCAGCUCUCAGUGGCAGAAGUGCCGGCUGAUGCUUAGGAAGGCCGUGAAGAUGGAGGGGGAGCGGUUCCUGCUGGAGUUUUAUGUUCCUCCCAAGACUUCCAAACCGAAGGUCAGCAUCCCGCUCUCAGCCAUCAUUGAGGUCCGGACGACCAUGCCCUUGGAGAUGCCGGACAAAGACAACACCUUUGUGCUGAAGGUGGAGAAUGGUGCUGAGUAUAUCCUGGAAACCAUCGACUCCCUCCAGAAACACUCCUGGGUGGCGGAUAUCCAGGACUGCAUAGACCCUGGGGACAGCGGAGAUGACAUUGAACUUUCCUCCUGUGUGCAGGGAGCCUGCCUGCCAGGCAGGGUGCCCUCCUGCAGCUGCGAAUUUCUGGCUGAUGGCGUGCACAGGACUCCUGACCGAUGUGCCGUGCUCGCCAGCCACCCGGCCGCCCCAGCUGCUGCCACUGUCAUCUCAGCCCCUCAUGGCCGGGCCAGGGACUCCUCUGGGGAACAUCUGGCCCAUGUGCCACUGGAAAACUUCCUGCAGACUCUAGAGUCGCCAACCCUCAGCAGUCAUUUAGCAGGGGAGGAGAGCGAGGCAGACGUGGAGAUCAACCUCUCAGAUUUCCCCUGGUUCCACGGGACGCUGUCACGGAUCAAAGCUGCCCAGCUGGUGCUCUUUGGUGGGACCAGGAGUCACGGUCUAUUUGUCAUUCGGCAGAGUGAAACUCGACCAGGCGAAUACGUGCUGACGUUUAACUUCCAGGGGAAAGCAAAGCACCUGCGGCUGUCCCUGAACGAGACUGGACAGUGCCAUGUGCAGCACCUCUGGUUCCAGACCAUCUUCGAUAUGCUGCGGCACUUCCACACCCACCCCAUCCCGCUGGAGUCCGGCGGCUCCGCCGACAUCACUCUCCGCAGCUACGUCGUGGCGCAGGGCCCGUUGUCUGAUGCCAGCCCCGCCCCGCCUGUUGCCUCCCAACAGCCCACCUGCAGGAGCGAUCUUCUGUCUCAACACUACUUCGCCAGCUUCGUGCCAGGCCCUUUCCAGCCCGUGUCGCCCUUGGAGGGGGCUGUCGCCUCUUCCUCCUCCGCCAGCCACCCCCUGUACCACCGAAUGGAGGGGACCCUCAGUGCCCGGAGCCGCAGUAACAGCACCGAGCGCCUGCUGGAGUCGCCCAGCGUGAGCGCGGAGGACUACCACGACAGCGACAGCUCACGCAGCAGGACCAGGGCGGUUGAGAACCAGUAUUCGUUCUACUGAGGGGUCACAGAGCGGAGGCCAGCCCUCCGUGGGGGCGUCCUUGCCUGCCAAGGGAGCUUGACCCCUGGCUCUCCCCCGGGGAUGUUUACAUAUCGCCAAGGCCCAAAGCAGCGGCCUGUCCCCAUUCUCUUGUCAGUUCUCUGGUAGGCCCCUUGCUUCAGUGUCCGAUUCACUGGUGCCAGCCGAGAGUCGCCAGCUCCUUCCAUCACCAGCAAUGGACCGAGGCCCUCCUUUCACCCCCUCGCAGCUCGGAGAACCGUCUGAACGAUGAGCCACUCGACAGCCCGGCAACUGUCUCCAUGCCCUAGAUCUGGCUCGCGCUCCGAGCUCAGAAGGCCAAAGAGGCCAGUGCCAUUUAGGGACCUGUUCUAGGGCCAGCAGCGCGCGCUCUCUGCCCUUCUCAGCUUGUGUCUGUUCCCUUUUCUCCUACAGAAACUCGCCUGCUGGCCCCUCAUUGUCUGCUGUCUAACUGGGACUUUCCACUGGCUGCUUGGGUCUAGGAGCAAUGCAGGGGUUCCCCUGCAGUAGGAAUCCAUGGCUUUGAUUUAUAUCGUUCUUCCCUCAGCUGUGCAACAAUGUCAGCAUCUCCUAGCGUUUCCUUGCUGGAGAGGAUUAGAUGUUGCCAGAGUUGGAACCUAGUCAAGGUCACCUCAAACGGUUACUUCCCUUUAGGGAUAAUUACCUUGAGUUCCGCAGACAAGCCACCACAGGCUAGUAAUAUUUUUGAGAUGACCUUGCACAUGACACAGCUCGCUGAGGUCGUUUUGUUGUGAGCACAGAGCAUGCGUCCGCGCACACAUCAGUCAGGGAUGGAAGAGGCCUAUCAGGCUAUCUAGUCCCUCUCCGUUGCUAUUGCAGGAUUGUUUGCUGCAGGAAACUUUGGGGGAAGUAUCCACUUGAGUCCCAAACUCUGGGGCUUCUGCCGUUCCCCCAGGGAGAUGAUUCCAGAGUCUAAUGCAUCGCACGCUCAGAAAGAUUUUCCUCAUAGCCAGCCCGUGUUUUCCACGUUUUUCAUUUUUAUCCUUUUGCUCCUCACUGCAGCCAUGGGCUCCACUCUCAGGCUACGUCUUCACUGCAAGUUUUUUGCUGCAGAAAAAAUGCUAAUGAGGGACUCAUUAGCAUAAAUUGCGACAUCAU